AUGAAUUUUCAAACCAAAUUUUUACUCAAAAAAGGUGUAAUAGCAUUGCCAAAACAUUUAAGAACUAAAUCAGUUUUAAGUGAUAUAAGUAACCUUUAGACUCAUAGGGAAUAAAGCAUAAUCUCGAAAAGAAGAAAUGCAAUAGUUCCAGUUAAUUAAUAAGAUGACGAUCCAGCUUAAGAACUGUUAAUUUCUAAACCAUAAAAAAUUUAUUAGCUUGAACUCAAAAGCAUUUAUGAGGAAGAAAUAUUAGAAAAAGAAUAUCAAGAAGAUAUUAAUGUAAGAAAUUUUCUUUAAUUAGUAUAAAAGAAUCAACAAUCUAAUUUAACAUAAAUUCACUUAAGAAUAGUAUGAAUAAUUAAUAGAUUGGAUGCUUGCAACUGUCAAACGUUAUUAAAAAAUGAGCUAUAAUACAUUAUUUCAUUGUGUUGAAUUAUUGGAUAUUUUUCUGUGCAACACCAAAGGAUUCAUUGCUGAGGAUCUUUAACUAAUAGGUAGUUGUUGUAUCUAUCUUUCUUCAAAAUUCCAUGAUAUAAGCCCUAUUUUCAUUGAAGACAUCAUUGUAGAUGUACAAAAAUUUACUAAAUUAGAUCUGCCAAGAAGCCUACACUAUCCAUGAUUUUUUAUCAAUGGAAUACACAAUAUGUAGAAAAUUAUAAUUUAAUUUACAUUUGCACACUGCUUUUGAAUAUUUCGAAAAGCUAUUUUUUAAUCUUAAACCUUUUCUUUUACAAUUUUAUGAAAAUUACUAAAUAAACUAUAUGAAACUCAAUGCUUUAGAACUUCUCCAAUACUCUAUAAUCGCUUAUGAAUUUCGAGAGAUUACUCAUUAUAAUAAGGCUAUAGCUUGUAUUUUUGAAGUCAUCAAAAAAACUGAUAAAAGAAUUGUAUAUUUUGAUAUCUAAAUUUUAGAUCUAGAAAUUAUUAGAACUACUAAAUCAUUUAGAAAUUAACUUUAAUUCCAUUUAACUGAAUGCAACAGAAUUUAAAAAAUUUCAAACGAUGAACAAAGAACGUUAUCUAUGUAUAAAUAAUUACUUUUAUUGA